UCGACUCACGUGCUACAUAUGUUCAAUGUUGUGAAGAAGAGAGCGAUGUCGGUUCUACAGGGACAACGUUUCCAACCCGUAUUUCAGCAGUUACUUGAUGCGAAAUAUAAGCCUGUACUUUUAGACGAACUGGAUAAAACAGCUAAACCAGAGGACAUUAAAGUCAUUCUAGUCGCUCAACACCCGAGGUAUGAGCGUCUUGUUCAGCUCAUGAGAGAACUUCCCAACCUCAAGGCCGUCGUCAAUUUCGGGGUCGGAGUCAAUCACAUUGACGUAGAUGUUGCCAAGCAGAUUGGAAUCAAGGUCUCCAAUACUCCAGAUUGCCUAAGUGCUGGCACUGCUGACUUGGCCUUUGCCAUCCUUCUAGCUGCAGCUAGAAACGUCGUGAUUGGAGACUCAAUAGCCAAACACCCAUCAACAGAGAAAUUUGAUAUGCAUUGGCUGGGAACAGAGGUCAAUGGUUCAGUGAUUGGAAUAGUAGGAAUGGGAAGAAUAGGGUUCGAAAUUGCAAAGCGAGCUCGAGGCUUUGAUAUGGAAGUUGUGUAUCAUAAUAGGCAUCGCCGACCUAAAGAGGAAGAAGAGAAAGUUCAAGCUUCAUUUUGUUCAUCUCUAGUUGAACUCCUGAGUCAGUCAGACUUCGUUGUAGCUGUAGUGCCAGCCACAGAGGAAACGAAACGGAUGUUUAAGAUCGAGCAGUUUGCUGCAAUGAAAAAGACAGCAAUAUUUGUUAACAUUUGUCGUGGCACUGUUGUUGACCAUGAUGCAUUGACAAAGGCUCUGGAAAUGCAACAGAUAGCUGGAGCUGCUCUUGAUGUGACUGAUCCUGAACCCUUGCCAAGGGAUCAUCCUCUGCUGGCGAUGAAGAAUGUGGUGAUUACACCUCACAUUGGCAGUGCAACUAUUGGUACAAGGAAGAAGAUGCUGCAGAUGUGCAUGGACAACAUUGAAGCAGCACUAAAUGACAAACAACUUCCAAACGAAGUUGUAUAGGAGAACAAUCUGAUAAUGCUUCGGUUUGUAGUAAAUCAAUCGUUAUGUACUUAAUUCAAGAUGAUUCCUUAAUUACAAUGUUGAGUCUGAAUAACGAAUCAAAUUAA